AUGUCAGAAACAGCACCAGUAGCACCAUCAACGACGUGCACACUAGGGUCAAUUCAGCAGCAGUUAAGCUUAAUUAACGACUUCUAUACAAAUUUCGAGAAUGCUGGAGGAGGAUCUGGCGGCGUCGUGAAUAACGAUGGUACGCAAUUGAAGACUGCAUUAAAUACCAAAUUCUCAAAUUGUAAAGAAAUUAUUAAAGAUGUUAACAAAAUCGCCGACGCCUACGUACACGCAUGUAUGCAGAAUGAUCCGAUUAAGUACAAAAAUAAUGAAUCCUGUGAAUUUUUUUAUUUUUGGUUAGGAGAUAAAUAUGGGAAGGAUUUAAAGACUCAUAAAUUGUCUGAACUUUUGGAUAAAAUUUCCGAAACGCUCGGAAAUUCUUCCUGGAGUAGUGGAAAGAAGUGUGAUUUUAAAUACAACGAUCUUAAGGACAAAGAAAUUGACCAAACCAUUUUUGAUCAUAUGAAAAUCAUAUUCGAUUAUUUCAGCGAUUAUGAAGGGGUACAGAAUGAACUAAGUCGGAGUGGUGCCACCUGCGCUGAAAAAUGGUCAACCUAUUGGACCAAACUUUCUACAGCAUGUAAGGCCAUGGAAAAGGUGUGCAGCACAGAAGGGGGUGGUGAUCAUACGAAUAAACGGUAUUGUACCGACUUUAAAAAUACCUAUGCUGUACAUUGUUAUACAGCUAAUCUCCCCCAACAGAUGACGAAACUAAUAACACAGAUCCAGCGUGCAGCGGACGCAGCACAAACAGCAGCAACCUUAGCAAAAGACGAAGCGGUACGUGCUGCCACCACCACCUCUUCCAUCUCUUCCAUCUUCGGCACCUUAGCAACAAUUGGUGCUCCUUUCCUUCUAUAUAAGGUAAAAUAUUUCAAUUAA